AUGGCGCCGAGCGGAGCCUUCAGCCUCGUCCUCCUCCUCCUCCUCCUCUGCGGCCUCGGUGACACCACCCCGGCGGUGCGCCCCCCCCGUGCCCCCCCCCCCCCCGGGCAGCGGCUGCUGCGGGAGCUGCUGGGCCGGUACCGGGCGGGGGUUCGGCCGCGGGGGCCGGGGGGGGCCGUGGAGGUGCGGGUGGGGCUGGAACUGGCGCAGCUCAUCAGUCUGGAUGAAAAACACGAGGAGCUGACGACCAAAGUCUACCUGGAUCUGGGCUGGCAGGACCCGCGGCUGCGCUGGGACCCCCAAACCCAUGGGGGGCUGCGGGUGCUGCGGGUGCCCUCCGAGCAGCUCUGGCUGCCAGAUGUGGGGCUGGAGAACAACAAUGACGGCGAAUUUGGGGUGUCGCUGGGGAGCCGCGCGGUGGUCUCCCCCAAUGGCUCCGUGCGCUGGCGGCCGCCGGCACUGUUCCGCAGCCGCUGCCCCAUCCGGGUGUCGCAUUUCCCCUUCGAUUGGCAGAACUGUUCCCUCGUGUUCCGCUCGGGCUCCUACGGCGCCGCGGAGCUGCGGCUGCGCCCGGCGGGGGGGGGCGCCGCCCUCGCACCCCACUUCCAGGAGAACGGUCAGUGGGAGCUCUGUCACCGCUCCGGGCGCCGUCACGCGGGGCCUUCGCACGAGGACGUCACUUUUUACCUGGUGCUGCGACGCAAACCCCUCUUCUACAUCGUGAACGUCCUCGUGCCGUGCGCUCUCCUCACGCUCCUCGCCGACGCCGUCUUCUACCUCCCCCCCGACGCCGGGGAGAAGCUGACGCUGUCGCUGUUUGCGCUGCUGACGCUGACGGUGUUUCUGCUGCUGUUGGCGGACAAAGUGCCGUCGACGUCGCUGGCGGUGCCGCUCAUCGCACGCUCGCUCACCGCCGCCCUCGUGCUGCUCACGCUCUGCGUCAUCCUCAGCGUCGCCGUCCUCAACGUGCACCAUCGCUCGCACGCCUCGCACGACACCCCCCGCGGCGCCUACGCGGUGAGGGGGCGCCGGCGCGGGGGGAGAGGGAGAGGGAACCGUAGGGAGCGAUAGUGAUAGCGAUAGUGAGCGAUGGUGAGCGAUGGUGAGCGAUAGUGAAUGAUAGUGACAGUGAAAGUGAAUUAUAGUGAAUGAUAAUGAACGAUAGUGAGCAAUAGUGAACGAUAGUGAGCGAUAGUGAUAGCGAUA